CAGAGUCUGGUGGAUACAGGUGAGGGGCAGGCUGGGCUCACCUGUGUGUAGCAGAGGUGAAAGGUGAACUGGAACCAGGCCCGGGCCCUGGAGAGAGAGGCUGAGAAUAUUUCAGAGCUGUGGGGGCUGAACAGAAGCAGACUGUUCCAUGGGUCCGGGGAGAUGCCAGACAUACACACCGUGCUCCUGGACGAAUACAGGGAUCGGCUGGUCAUCGGCGGCAGAGACCGGCUCUGGUCCCUCAGCCUGGACCACGUUGACCAGGAUUCACGAGAGAUCCACUGGCCCUCCACAGAGAGACAGAGGGAGAGCUGUCGGCUGAAGGGAAGAGAUCCAACGUCCGAAUGUGCAAACUUUGUCCGUGUCCUUCACUCAUACAAUCGCUCACACCUCCUGGCCUGUGGAACCGGGGCGUUCGAUCCAGCCUGUGGCUUCAUCACACAGGGGCGCUGGCCAGAGGAUCGAGUCUUCAAGCUGGAGUCUCAGCAGAUUGUGGACGGCCGAUACAAAUGUCCCUACGACCCACACAAGCCCUGUGCCUCCACCCUAGUGGGUGGCCAUCUCUUCAUUGGGCUGUACGGGGAUUUCUUUGGAGAGGACCCUGCAAUAUUCCGCAGCCUGGAUUCCCACUCGGUGACCCGGACCGAACACGAUCACCGACUACUGAGGGAACCCAAGUUUGUUGCAGCUCAGCUGAUCGCUGACAACGAGGACAGGGACGAUGACAAGGUGUACUUCUUCUUCACGGAGUCGGACACAGGCGGUGGCGGCGACACAGCCAUCUACUCCCGAGUGGCGAGACUGUGUGCGAAUGACGUUGGAGGACAACGAGUUCUGGUCAACAAAUGGAGCACGUUUCUAAAGGCCAGGCUGAUCUGCUCGGUGAUGGGACCCAAUGGAGUUGAGACACAUUUUGAUGACAUGGAGGAUGUGUUUCUGUUACAGACCAGAGACCGCAGGAACCCUGAUGUUUACAUCUUGUUCAGGAGCACGAGCAACGUCUUCCAGGGCUACGCGGUGUGUGUUUACCACAUGGCUGCCAUCCGUGAAGCCUUUCAUGGGCCCUUUGCUCACAAGCGUGGGCCGGAAUAUCAUUGGGGAGCCUAUGAGGGCAAGGUGCCUUAUCCAAGACCAGGCACCUGUGCUGGCCAGAACAACGCCCUGCCUGGAGCUGAGUAUCACAGCACCAAGGACUACCCAGACGAGGUCCUGCGUUUCAUACACAGUCACCCCCUGAUGUACCAGCCCGUUCACCCCCUCCACCACAAACCCUUGCUGAUGAGAACCGACGGGCAGCAGCACCUCAGGCAGCUGGUGGUUGACCGCGUGGACGCUGAGGAUGGUCAAUAUGAUGUCUUGUUCAUCGGCACAGAUGCAGGCUUGGUGCUGAAGAUUAUUGUCAUUUACAACCGGGAUGCUGCAACUAUGGAGGAAGUUUUGUUGGAGGAGCUUCAGGUGUUCAAGGUGCCAACUCCAAUCAUCAGUAUGGAGAUUUCUGUUAAACGGCAAACGUUGUACAUUGCAUCGAGCUCAGCUGUGGCUCAGGUGAAGAUUUAUCAGUGUGACCUGUAUGGUUCAGCGUGCACGGACUGCUGCCUCGCCAGAGACCCUUAUUGUGCUUGGGAUGGAGACACCUGCACCAGGUACAUGAGGGCCGCACCCAUCACUAAACGGCGGUUCCGUCGGCAGGAUAUCCAACAUGGAGACGUGGCUCGUCAAUGCCAGGACCUUACAAACGAUGAGACCUUGCCGAAACCAGAAGAGAGAGUUUUGUAUGGGAUUAAGGGAAACAGUACAUUGCUGGAGUGCUCUCCCCGAUCACCUCAAGCCCAGGUCCUCUGGUUUGUGGAGGGAUCUUACAAUGCAAGGGAGGAAGAGGUCAAAACAGAUGAGCGGGUGAUUAAAACAGACCUGGGGCUGCUGCUUCUCAACCUGCACAGGCUGGAUGGUGGAAUGUACUUCUGCAAGUCGAGAGAACACGGCUUCACACAGACAGUGGCCAGAAUCAGGCUGCAUGUGCUGCAGGAGGGUCAGAUUGAAGGACUGUUUCACACGGGUAAUGAGGAGAGUCUAGCCCGCAGACAGCCCUGUGUCCUACAGCACGGCACCCAGCAAGCGGGAAGCCCCUGGUACAAAGACUUUCUGCAGCUACUUGGCUACACUCACUUACAGCGGGUGGAGGAGUACUGCCACAAAGUGUGGUGCUCAGAAAAGAGGAGAAAGAAAAACCGGGCAGCUGCAAAUAAGUGGAAGUUCAGCAACGUACAGGGGAGGAAGGUGAGGAGCAGAGACCUGGCAGAUCACCGCAGAUCACCACGCCAUGUUAUUGAUCCAUGAGGCAGAUGCACCAGUCCGAGAAUCCAACAUACAGACACACAUGCAAUGGUGGGAGGCAGAGAGGUUUGGGGAAUAUGUCUCAUCUACACUAGCCGUUGUAGACUCUGGGUUUGGACAAUUGGAUUCUUGAGAUGACACUUUCACAAGGUGUGUUGGUGUGUGUCACUGCUGGUGUGAGAAAGAGACAGACGCAGAGGCACACAGACACACGCACACGCACACACACACACACACGCACACGCACACACACAGACACACGCACACACACACAC